CACCGACAUUCACAUCCUCAAUUUUCCAACCUCUGCUUUGCAAAUAUCUCUCAAAAAAACUGUUGUUUGUGGUUUUAAACUUUUAAUGUUUUGGACUUUAGUACGUAAAUUAAUUGCAAGUGGGUUUUUUAAAGUAAAAAAAAAAAAAAAGUUUCCAAAGUGGUGAGGUUAGCUAUUCAAACACGGCCCCUGGCCAUGUCCCUCUCCAGUGGCAAAGAUGCCAAUUUGCAUUUGACUUGUUAUUUUAGCAAAGAAAGACACCAUUUUUUUUACUUCUUUUGGGUCAAUCCUAUGCUAAUCUUCUUCUUCUGAAUCAAAAGUUCAAAACUUGGCUCAUCAAAUUGAAACUUGUUUGAUUCAAUCUCAGAAAGUAGUACAGAGAGAGAAGCAGUAGCCGUAGCCAUGGUAGUAUUUGACAAGGGAGCAAGCUCUUCCACUUCGUCCCUGCCCAGAGAGGACACCCCACUUCUGGGCAAGCCCCGCCCCCUCUCCUCCCAAUUCAAGACCUUCGCCAACGUCUUCAUCGCCAUCGUCGGCUCCGGCGUCCUCGGCCUCCCUUAUGCCUUCAAGAAAACCGGCUGGGUCUUCGGCGCUCUCGUUCUCUUCUCCGUCGCUCUCCUCACCUACCACUGCAUGAUGCUCCUCAUCGCCACGCGCCGCCGGCUCGAUUCCGUUCUGGGCUACUCCAAAAUCGCAUCUUUCGGUGAUCUCGGAUUCACUGUCUGCGGUCCAGUCGGCAGAUUAUCCGUCGACGUCAUGCUCGUCCUCGCCCAAGCUGGCUUCUGCGUUAGCUACCUCAUCUUCAUCUCCAAUACUCUAGCUUUCCUCUUCAACUAUCAAUUUCUGGGUCUGGGUGUCUCCCCAAAAUCCCUCUUCCUCUGGGCUUGCUUCCCGUUCCAGCUGGGUCUGAAUUCGAUUCCAACGCUGACCCACUUGGCCCCUCUGAGCAUUUUCGCCGAUGUGGUCGAUCUCGGCGCCAUGGGGGUGGUGAUGGUGGAGGACGUGGUCAUCUUUCUAAACCAAAGGCCAGCUUUACAAGCCUUUGGGGGGCUCUCAGUUUUCUUUUACGGUCUGGGAGUGGCAGUCUACGCUUUCGAAGGGAUUGGAAUGAUAUUGCCAUUGGAAUCCGAAGCCAAAGACAAAGGCAAAUUCGGCAAAGUGCUGGCACUAUGCAUGGCAUUCAUUGCUCUGUUGUACGGCUCAUUUGGGGUGUUGGGCUACUUUGCGUUUGGGGAUGAAACCAGGGACAUAAUCACCACCAACUUCGGGCAGGGACUGGUGAGCACUAUGGUUCAGCUGGGGCUGUGCGUGAACCUGUUCUUCACCUUACCACUGAUGAUGAACCCGGUGUACGAAGUGAUGGAGAGACGGUUCUGCGGCUCCACCUACUGCUUGUGGCUGAGGUGGGGACUGGUGUUGGUGGUGAGCUUGGUGGCUCUGUAUGUGCCCAACUUUGCUGACUUCUUAUCUCUGGUGGGAAGCAGCGUGUGUGUUGUUCUGGGCUUUGUGUUGCCUGCGCUGUUUCACAUGAUUGUAUUCAAAGGAGAGAUGGGUUGGCGUGGUGUGCUCUUGGAUGGCUGCAUUGUGGCCAUUGGACUCAUUAUUGGAGUCUCUGGAACCUGGUCGUCUCUCUUGCAAAUACUUGCCCCCACAGCCUGAUCAAUCUCUACUUUGAGAGCUAUUGUUUUGAUUUUUAGUCAAAGACUCACAAAGAAAAGGGUCUUCUUGACAUGCUCUGUGGUGUACUGUGUACUGUACCAGUUCUUUUCUAUAUAAGUCUCCAUUAUUAUGCUUUUUUUUUUAUAGACAAGUGCGUGAGUGGGUGAGUGUUGUACAUUUUACAUUCCAUUCCAUACAUAUUAAUAGUUGAGUUUGGUUAAGUAAUCUUGAGUUAGAUUUUUCUUUUGAUUGGUUGGUUGGUUGAAUGGGAAUAAGGCAGUUGUUAUCUGGUCCAUUAUCUUAUCAGGUGGACUUUGAAAUGUAAAGUUAAAGCUCUUUUGUUUGAUUAUGAUUAUGAUUAUAAUUUUGAUUAUGAUUA